AUGGCCACCGACCUCGCCAUGAGCGCAGAGCUGCCCAACAGCCCUCUGGCCAUCGAGUACGUCAACGACUUUGACUUGAUGAAGUUCGAGGUGAAGAAGGAGCCGCCGGAGGCCGACCGCUACUGCCACCGCCUCCCGUCCGGCUCGCUGUCCUCCACCCCCAUCAGCACCCCCUGCUCCUCCGUGCCUUCCUCGCCCAGCUUCUGCCCGAGCCCCGGCGCGCCGCCCAACCAGAGCCUCGCCAGCGGGGUGAACAGCAGCGGCAGCAGCAACAACAGCGGCUCCAACAACAAUCACAGCAACGCGGGCAAACCGCAGCUGGAGGACCUGUACUGGAUCCCCAGCUACCAGCACCACAUCAACCCCGAGGCGCUCAACCUGACCCCGGAGGACGCGGUGGAGGCCCUCAUCGGCAACGCGCACCACCACCACCACCACCACCAGGCCUACGAGGGCUUCCGCGGGCAGCAGUACGUCGGGGAGGACCUGUCCCUCGGCCUCGGCGGCCCCACCACCCACCAGGGCCACCACCACCAUCACCACCACGGCCACCACGCCCGCCUGGAGGACCGCUUCUCCGACGACCAGCUGGUGAGCAUGACGGUGCGGGAGCUGAACCGCCAGCUGCGGGGCUUCAGCAAGGAGGAGGUGAUCCGCCUGAAGCAGAAGAGGCGCACCCUGAAGAACCGGGGCUACGCGCAGUCCUGCCGCUUCAAGCGCGUCCAGCAGCGGCACAUGCUGGAGUCGGAGAAGUGCACGCUGCUGAGCCAGGUGGAGCAGCUGAAGCAGGACGUGGCGCGCCUGGCCAAGGAGCGGGACCUUUACAAGGAGAAGUACGAGAAGCUCGCCACCCGGACCUACAACACCGGGGGGCCCGCGAGCACGAGGGACCCGUCCGGGAAACAGGGCAGCACCGACUUCUUCAUGUAG